AUGUCGCGACCAGCAACCUCGCGACCUCCGCCAACCGCGGCCCCAGGUGGUCGACGUCAACGACCUCCUCGCGCCCUUUCUACAUCGGCACCGAGGGCUGUUACACGACGUCCUUCAGUGUCCGGCUUAACACUCACUGGCACCGUCAACCCUGUAUCUGGUGCACCUAAAGCGCAGCGCUCGUCUAAGACCGCCCACAAACUUGUUCUUCUACCGUCUGCUCCGCAGACUAAACCACUCCCCCCCGAUGAUGAUGAAGAGGUGCUGCAUGGAUAUGAGACUGACCACGGGGUGCGCGAUCAAAAGAGCGCGGGCGAACGCAUGAGUAAGGAGCAACGAGAGAAAGCAGGGUUCAAGCGGAUCACUGCAUAUUGUGUUGCGGACGGCUUCAAGAUGAAGCUUCUUGCGAGCUUUCUGAAGCGCGAGCAUAAUGUUCAGCCUCGAGUAUUUGACGAGGCCAUGUACGUCGUCUACCACCUCCCGCUCCUUCCUGGGUACGGACCACACUCCAAUAUCCGCUCUUCAGCGCCCCCUUCCUCGCCAACCGAAGAGAAUCCAUUGUAUGGCUUGUCUGAAGCAGAAGAUAAUGGAUACCAAGGCAUGUAUUUUGAUUCAGCGGCCACAGAUUCCGAAGCAGCUCCGCAACAAACUGGUUUCAUUCCAUCGACCUCGCCCAUUACGACGGCAACUGAACAACCAUCCGAACCUCUGGUCAGCCCGCCGUUACCGCAGGACCAACCAGGCGAGGUACAGCAAUACGGCUCAGGACGCGCGACAAGGAAGAAGAAGAAAGCAAUGCAUCGCUUGGAAGCAGAUAUAUUAGAUGUAUCGCGCCCCAAUGACUACGCGGAGGCGAUCUUCUUCGCAUAUGGGGUGAUCGUGUUCUUCGGACUCACAGAGCAGCAGGAGCGUGGCAUCGUGGAAGAUGCAGAAGGUGCCGGUAUCUUGCGCCGUAAAUUCGUGGAGGGUGACUGGGAGGUCGAGGAAUGUCAUUACGCGCACGACCCUGACAUCGCGUAUCCGCGCAUAUACAAUGACUUCUUCACAUUCAAGUCCCAUUCGCAUCUCCUCAAACUUUCCGUUGCACACGCGCUCGCACAAUCCACUCUGCUCGCACAUUACGAGACGCACGCACACCGCAUUCUGUCAUCGAAGGACACGACCUCCAUCCCGCAGCAGCUUGCAUCGACGGGUGCACUUGCACUAUCGCGUAAGGAUGCUCUCAGGCUUACAGGACGUCUCUUCACACUGCGUCGCGACGUGAACCUCGUGAGCAAUGUGCUGGACGUGCCUGAGCUGUUUUGGAGUGAAGCGAGCCUGAAGGCCCUGUACGACGCCGUGCGGGAGUACAUGGAAAUUGGGCCCCGGGUGCAAGUGUUGAACGAGAAGCUCGCCGUGGCGGAAGACCUACUUGGUGCGAUCCACGAUCACCUUAACAACAAUGCGAUGGAGCGCAUCACCUGGAUCAUAAUCUGGUUGAUCGUUGUGGCCUGUGUAGUGGAGAUGGGAGAAGUUGUCGCACGGCUGGUCGUACAUGCGACGACAGGAUCCGGGGGCGAGGCAGCUGUGGUUGCUGCGUGCGCAGACCCUUCUGCAGCCCUGCGUGCCCUAUCUCAAGAGGAGGCACUUGCGAUCCUCAAUCGCAUUGCCGAGACAGGGUCCUUCUAA